AUGAUCCGCGUGCAGAGAAUUCCUGGCCUGUGGGCGCCUUGCCCGCCGGGCGCGUCGCUGUCGCGCAUCGCCGCCGCGUCGCCGCCCCGGGCGCGGCGCCCGCUCGCCGUUUGUUUCGAGACUGCGGGCCUGUGGGAGCCCUGCCAGCCGGGCACGUCGCAGACGCCUGUCGCUGCUACGUCGUCUCUCCAGGACUCGGCCGAGAUCGCCGCCGUCGCGAGCCAGCAGGAGUGA